AUGAGGCGGUUCCAGGAGCAAGGCAACGAAAAGACCAACAACGGCACGCAUUACAAACUGCAGCUCCUGUACAGCAACGGUGUCAGGACUGAACAGGAUCUGUAUGUCAGACUCAUUGAUUCCGUCACCAAGCAGCCCAUAACUUAUGAAGGACAGAACAAGAAUCCUGAGAUGUGCAGAGUGCUGCUCACUCAUGAAGUCAUGUGCAGUCGGUGCUGCGAGAAGAAGAGUUGUGGCAACAGAAACGAGACUCCAUCAGACCCUGUGAUCAUCGACAGGUAGGAAAGGAUUCCUUGUUUUUCC